AUGGUUGAUAAAGAAAGAUUUCUUCAGAAGUUUAUCCUUCUGGGACUGACAGAUGAUUCCCAGUUACACAUCCUAAUUUUUUUGGUUCUGCUUCUAAAUUAUACGUUGAGCAUGAUCGGAAACUUAACCAUCUUUGCCCUCACUCUGUUAGAUUCCCAUCUCAAGACCCCAAUGUAUUUCUGCCUCCCUAAUUUCUCUUUCCUGGAAAUUUCGUUCACAAGUGCUUGCAUCCCCAGAUCCCUAAUCACCACUGUGAACAGAGAAAAGACGAUUUCUUACACUGGUUGCAUGGCUCAGUUAUUUUUUACAUUCUUGGAAGUUACAGAAUUUUGCCUUCUGGCGGCUAUGUCCUAUGACGGCUAUGUCGCCAUCUGCAAGCCUUUGCAUUGUACAUCCAUCAUGAGCAGCAUGAUUUUUCAUCAGCUGGUACUCAGUUCUUGGGCAACUGGCUUCCCGGUCAUUUUCCCUCCACUGAUUUUGGGUCUUCACCUGGAUUUCUGUGAUUCAAAUGUCAUUGAUCAUUUCAUUUGUGAUAUUUCUCCUAUCCUACAACUUUCUUGCUCAGACACAUAUUUACUAGAAAUGAUUGCAUUUUUAUUAGCUGCAAUAAUCCUUGUGGUCACACUGCUAUUGGUAAUUCUUUCUUACUCUUACAUCAUCAAGACAAUUCUAAAAUUCCCUUCAGCUCAACAAAAGAAAAAAGCCUUUUCUACCUGCUCUUCUCACAUGAUUGUUCUAUCCAUCACUUACGGUAGUUGUGUAUUCAUCUACAUAAAGCCUUCAGCAAAUGGCAAAGGAGUGGCUGUAUUAAAUACUUCAGUUGCCCCUUUGUUGAACCCAUUCAUUUAUACUCUCAGGAACCAGCAAGUUAAACAAGCCUUCAGAUGUAUUUAG